UAAUUUUUUUUUAAAUACGUAGGUGAUACACGUUGGAGCUCUCAUUACAACACUUUGUUGAGUUUGAUCCAUAUGUUUGAUGCAGUAAUUGAUGUACUUGAAGUUAUUGGUCGCGAUGCUUCAAGUACAACUCAUCGGACUGAAGCACAAGAUAUUGUUGAUAGGCUUUUGUCAUUUGACUUCGUAUUGAGCCUCUUUUUGAUGAAAAAGGUAUUGGCAAUCACAAAUGAGCUAUCUCAAGCACUUCAAAGGAAAGAUCAAGAUAUUGUAAAUGCAAUGAGAUUAGUUCAAGUGUCAAAAAUUCAAAUUCAGUCCUUUAGAGAAAGCGGGUGGGAUUCUUUAUUUGAAAGUGUAACCACAUUUUGUAAGAAACACAAAGUUAAUGUUCCUCAAAUGGAUGCUAAAUAUGUUGCUCGAGGACGAAGAAGACGAAAUGAAGAAGAAAUGUCAAAUCUACAUCAUUAUAAGGUUGAAACGUUUUACACUAUUUUGGAUAUGCAACUUGGAGAAUUAAAUGCUCGAUUCUCUGAUUCAACAAUGGAAUUGCUUGUGUGCAUUGCUUGCCUUGAUCCAUCUGACUCAUUCUCUCACUUUGACAAGGACAAAUUACUUCGUCUUGUUGAAUUUUAUCCACAAGACUUCACCGAACUUGACAAAUGCAAGCUUAAUGAUCAAUUGGAUACUUACAUAGUUGAUAUGCGCUUAAGCAGUGAAUUGCAGGGGUUGGAUGGAAUUAGUGAUCUUGCUCGCAAAAUGGUAGAAACUAGGAGAAACAAGGUGUAUCCUUUGGUUUACAUGAUUUUGACUUUGGCAUUAACAUUGCCGGUUGCUACUGCUAUAGUCGAGAGGGCAUUUUCGGCUAUGAGUAUCAUAAAGAGUAGAUUGCGCAGUCGGAUGAAUGAUGAGUGGUUGAGUGAUGCUUUGCUUAUCUUUAUUGAAAGAGACAUCUCCGCAAGAAUUGGCAAUGACCGAGUUAUGAAUAGUUUUCAAAACAUGAAAACUCGAAAGGGCCAAUUAUAGUUUGUAAAGAGAUUGUACGAUUAUAUUUUGAAAUGCAACUUUAAAGAGUUUGAUUUAUGCUAUCUAGUUAAAUUCUAUAUUUAGUUACUUAUUUUGUGUUAUUAAAUGCAAGACAAAUCCUAAAAAAAAAAAUCGGGGGCGCUGCCCCCGAACCCCCAAUAUUUUUACGCUUAAGCCCACCCUCGUUCCAAUUCCUGGCCUCG